AUGUUAUGUAAUAAAUUCUACCGAUAUUCAUUUCAAUUAUCAUCUUUUGUUCGUUAUCAAACAAAUAUAGCAAAUGAUAAUCAAAAUUCUAAAUCAUCAACAGAAAAAAAAGUUCAUGAUCAAUAUUUAUCAAAUAUUACUGUUACAUCCUUUUAUUGUCAAACUGCUAUUGAACAAUUUGCACUUAAACAAUCAACUCGUCUUUCACCAUUAACAAUGAUGUACAUUGGAAAAACUGAGGAUGGUGGACAUCUAUUACGUUCAGCUCAAUAUUUACAUAAAGAUUUACCUAUACGUUUUGCACAUCGUAUUAAUGAUUUUCGAAAUUUACCAUUUGUUGUUGCAUGUAAUCCACUUCUAUUAGAAUUGCAUGAACGUUUUAUUAAAAUUUUUCAUACACUUCAUUCAUUUCCAUCGAUUAAAACACUUGAACAUGAAAAACAUUUUACAGAAUUAUUACAAAAUACACUUACUUGUAGUUCAGAUACAUUACCAUUAUUAGCUGAAGGUUUUCGUAAAUCUAAACAGCAUAUCAAACAAGAAAUGUUUGUACGAAAUUUUCUUGAUCGUGCACUUACAUCUCGUUUAGCUAUUAAAAUGUUAAUUGAACAUCACAUUGAAUUACGAAACGAUAAACCUAAUCAUAUUGGUGUUAUUUGUAUGAGUUUUUCACCAAAAAAGCUUAUUGAAGCAUCAGCUGAAUAUGCUCAGGAAGUAUGUCGGGCGACAUAUGGUAUUGCACCGGAUGUUACAAUUGAUGGACAUGUGAAUAGUUCUUUUCCUUAUAUAACAACGCCACUUAGUUAUAUUGUACCUGAAAUGCUUAAAAAUGCAUUUAGAGUAAGAGAUCGUGGUGGUGGUAUGCCAGGAUCUUUACUUAAUAAAAUACAUGAUUAUCAUUUUUCAUCAAAUAAUGUAUCUAAUGAAUCAUCAUUAUUAUCCUAUACUGAUUUUGAUAAUCAUUUAUAUGAUCAACUUACAAAAAGAAAUAGUCAACAUAGAAUGAGCGGAUAUGGUUUUGGUGUACCAACAUCACGCGCUUAUUGUGAAUAUUUAAAUGGUUCAUUAACAUUUGAAACAAUGUAUGGUAUCGGCACUGAUGUUUACAUACGUGUUGGACUUUUAACAUCAGAAAAUCGUAUUGUGCGUUUAUAA